AUGGCAUUGAUUAACAUUACCAACAUAGUUUUUGAUUCAGACACAGCACUUUUUAAUAGUCCAAUUCAAAUGUAAAUCACAUUCGAAGUGAUGAGAUAAUUAGAUGAGGAAAUUGAAUGGAAACUUAUUUAUAUAGGAUCACCCACAAGUGAUAAAUAUGAUCAAGUACUUGAAUAGUUCUCUAUGCCUCCUCUGUAAUAAGGGACUAUGUAAUUUACUUUGAUGAGUUCUGGUCCAAAUUUUGAGCUGAUUCCUAGUAAAGAUGAUUUAUUUGGCGCUAGUGCUAUUAUCCUCAGUGUUAAGUAUAGAAAGCAGGAAUUCUUUAGAGUCGGGUACUACGUAUAUAACACUUACUUGGAACCAGAAUUGAUCGAAAAUGAUCCUCCACAAGUGCUCAUUGAAAGAGUAUAUAGAUAAAUCAACACUUAAGCCCCUAGAGUUACGAGAAUGAAUAUUGAUUGGGAGGGUCAAAUGGUCCAAUUGUAUGUGAAUCCUCAAUAAAAUAAUCAAUCCUUCAUGUUCCGAAUAAUAACCAAUUUUUAAUGAUAUUACUAACAAUCUUGGUUAUUUAUAAGAGCCUGUACCCUGAUAAAAUACAAUAGCAGCAUUAAUAAUAACAAUAAUAUUCUGGAGAGAUAAAUAAUAAUAUAAUACACUGAUCUUUAGAGUAUAUUUUGAUUUAUAUA